AUGAGUGAACCUGCUGUUCCGUUCCAGGUUGUUUCUCAAUUUCCUUAUAAAUCUGAGUUCGAAGAUGAUUUACAUUUUGAGAAGGACCAAGAGAUUACAAUUACAUCUGUAGAAGAUGACGAGUGGUACUAUGGUCAAUAUACUGAUAGCAAUGGUGAGUUGCAAGAAGGUAUUUUUCCAAAGACAUUUGUUACUUUGAAGAGCAAUUCCGUAGCCCAAGAACCAAUAAUUGAAAAUCCAGCAGUUAAAACUGUGCCUGCUACUGCAAAAAGUAACGAUGAUGCUGAUGAUCAUCAUUUUGAAGUUGCUGCUGAACCUGUUGUUGACACUCCAGGAACUAACAAAUUGAAGAACAGACUUUCUAUGUUUGCUCAAACGGAUUCAGAACGAGUCCCAUUGCCAUCGCAAAAAGAAUUCAAUGAUUCCGCAGCUGGAUUCGUUAAAAAGACAGUUACAGCUGAACCACCUAAAUUCUACACUCCACCUUCCAUCACUAAUGAUUCCUCCAAACCCACACCUACUGAGACUUCAACUUCAGCACCUGUUCGUGAACCAGUGAACAAAGCAGAAAUAGAAGGAACUGGUGAAAAAAUUCAAAAUGAAGAGGAACACAUACCAAAAAUGUCAUUAAAGGAAAGAAUCGCUCUAUUGCAAGAACAACAAAGAGUCGAAGCUGAAAGACAAGCUGAGAUGUUGAAAAAGAAAAUGGCUAAACAACAAGCUGAAACUAAGACUGAAGACAUUGAAGCAGCAGAUGAAGAGUUGCAAUUAAAACCUAAAGAAACUCUUGAAAGCAUAUCUAAAGUUCCAAGCGUUCCUUUAUCUACUCUGGAAAACAUCCAAACAUCUUAUGAUAAUGCUGAUAAUACAACUAUUAAUGAAGCAGAACCUUCAACUUCACAACUUCCUGCCCAAAGCGAAGAUAUAAUAAAUAAACAAGAUAUCUCUGCUACAGAUGGAACAAAUGCAGAUGAACAAACUGCAGAAAAUCAGGAAGCGGAAGAGGAAGAGGAGGAGGAAGAUUCAGAAGAAAGUCGCCGUGCUGCUUUAAGAGAAAGAAUGGCCAGAAUUGCCACUGCAGGAAGAUAUGGUGGUCCUGUUGCAUUUAAUCCAUUUGGUAUUCCAAUUGCAGCUGCUACAGAAGGCGCUCCAUCAAAAAAGAAAACCAAAGAUGUAACUGAAGAACAAAACGUUCCUGUACCUGUUCCUGUAAUGCCUUUUACAAACCCAGAAGCUAUUCAAGCAUUGAGCAGGAAGACAACUGCUGUCACUGAGGAUGUUGAAGAUGUUGAAGGACACGUUGAAAAGAAACUCGAAGACAAAGAAUUGUUAGAGAAAAAUAACGAAGAAGGUAUUGCUGAAGUAAAAGAAAAUACUAAAAUACCAGAGAUGCCAGUAAUGCCAGAUAUUUCAAGCUCAUUAGAAGAUACAGAAGAAUCAGUUGCUAAUCUAUUGAAAGAAAAUCUUCUUACUGAAAAUAAAGCCGAAGCAACAAAUGGAAAAGAUGAGUUAAAUGAAAAUAUAAAUAGUCUCAAUCAACCAUUGCCAGAAACUCUGAAUGAAACUUUAGAAUCAUCCAAAGAUGAUUUAAGAAAAAUUGACGAUCUAGAAUUCGAAUCAGCAGAAGAGGCUAUCCCAGAAAACCGUGGUAUUCCACCGGUAAAUUUGUCUGAUUCUAGCUCACCACCACCAAUUCCAGGAGCGGCACCAAUUUUAUCUGAUUCUAAUAGUACUCAAACUGGCAUACCUCCAAUUCCUAACAUUGCGUUAGAAAAUAAUGGACCAGCAACCAGAGCUCCACCGCCUCCACUGCAUCCUCAAAUUCCCCAAAUUCCAGUGUUUCAGGCUCCAGAAACCGGAGCUCCACCACCCCCACCUCAUGUUCCAGAAAUGAGUGCUCCUCAUGCUCCAGAAACUAGAGCUCCACCACCUCCUCCUCAUGUCCCAGAAAUGAGUGCGCCUCAUGCUCCAGAAACUAGGGCUCCUCCACCUCCUCCUCAUGCUCCAGAAAUUAGGGCUCCUCCACCUCCACCUCAUGCUCCAAUUCCUCAAACACGCAAACCUCAAGCUUCAGAAUCCAGGGCUCCUCCACCUCCACCCUCGGAUCCCUUAUCACAAGGUGGUAUAACCAGUCAGAACAAUGACUUUACAGAGACGAGAGAACUUUUAAAAAGAACUACUACCGUUAAUUUAGAAACUGAAUGUCAGCAAAAAAUAGAUUUCAAUGCAAAUGAAACGUGGUGGUUAGAAAAAUCAAACCCAACACAUCUAUUCAGUCCAAAGGUGAAAUAUUUGUUAGAAGUUGAGGAAAACAUUAUUAAGAAGAGAUUGCAACAAAAAUUAGUUAUCCGUGACUUUUACUUUUUAUAUGAGAAUUAUUCUCAAUUAUUAGUAUCUGUAUCAUAUCUGGAAUCAGAUGCUAAUAACACUGUUGCUUGUACCCAAAAUUUUUUUGGAUCAUCUAAUAAUACCAAGAAAUUAAUUGAAUACGGUAACAAAUAUGGUAAUGAAGUAGUUAAGAAGGCUCACUCGGUAAUUGGAUCAUCAUUGAAAGAACCUCUAGUUCAUAGCUUAAUCCUCUCGCUAAAGUCUAAUAUCGUCCAGCCAAUUGGUGGUAGAACAUUUGGUGUUGCUAUAUUUAGUUAUAAAGCAGGAUCGACAUUAGAUAAUGAUGGGUUGAAACUCAUAAUGCCAGGUGAUAUAAUAGUAAUAAGAAAAGCGAAGUUUGAGUCUCACAAGAAACUGAACAUCAACUCUAAGGAAACAUCAGUCGGGAUGGACUCUGUACCAUAUAGUGCUAUCGUCACUGAUUUUGAUUUUGCCAAGAAUAAAAUAAGAGUUGUUGAAGAUCAUGAAGGUAAGAUUAGUCAAGGUAGUUACAAGUUAAGCAACAUGAAGAGUGGUAAACUAAAAAUUUUUAGAUUAAUCGGAAGAGAUUAUGUCGGUUGGUAG